AUGCCACCUUUCGUCAUUCACUGGGGUAUUAUCGGCUGCGGUUGGAUUUCAGGGGAAUUCGUCAAGGACAUCUCGAUCCAGCGAGACGAUGUCACCGAUGUCUAUCACGCCAUCGCGGCGGUCGGCUCGAGGGAUGUCAGUAAAGCUCAGACGUUUAUCGAGUCUCACUGUCCAGCCGGAGCCAACGGCCAGCAAAAGGGUUUGACGGACGUCAGGCCUGAGGCUUGUGGGAGUUACGAUGAUGUCUACAAUCAUCCGUCCGUAGAUAUCAUCUACAUAGGCACUCCCAACACCGCGCAUUUUUCCGAUGCCAAGGCGGCCCUCGAAGCGGGGAAACAUUGUUUGGUGGAGAAACCGGCUUGUCUGAAUGCUAAACAGUGGGACUGUCUGAGCGGGCUGGCCAAGUCGAAGAACUUGUUCCUGAUGGAAGGCAUGUGGAGUCGGUUCUUUCCCAUCGCCGACGUGCUGGUCCAGAAACUUCAUCAUGAGCGGGUCCUUGGCGAUCUGAAAUUCGUCCAAUCCGAUCUCUCUAUGCCGUUUUAUAACCUUCUCCCGGACACGCACCGGACUAUCGCGAUGGAAUACGCUGGCGGUCCGUUGUACGACCUCGGACCGUACAUCCUCCUCGCCCCCUUGUGGCUUCUCUUUCGGGACCCGAAGAACGAACGGACCCGUCCGAGCCAAGUUACUGGACACAUGCUCAAGGCCAGGACCGGCGUCGACCUGUCGACGAGCGUUACGCUUAGUUUCGACCGACUCGGAGCGGUCGCCGUGGGUACUACCAGUUUCGCGUAUGCGACUUCGAAGGAGACGAAGGUGACCAUCGUCGGCGACAAAGGCGAGGUGAUAGUCCACGAUGGCCCCAACAAUUGGACCAAGAUCACGAUCCGUAGACACGAACCUGGCGAAUCUUGGUAUCAACCUCGAUGGUUGCCAGAAGAGACGAUCGAGAUGCCGGUCGGUGGUGGGUUCGGCUUGAUAUUCGAAGCCAACGCUGUGGCGAGGAGCAUCCGAGAUGGCCAGAUCGAGAACGAACGUAUGCCUCACGUCGAGACUCGCUUGGCGUUGGAAAUCAUCAACGAAGUUCAGAAGCAAGGAGGAUACAAGUUGCCAGCCGGCCUCGAGAAGAUGUAG